CACAUUUCCGCGCCGGACAUCACAUUUUGCCGAAUCAAACCAGCCGUGAGCUCAGCACAUAACCAACAAUGCCCAAAAAGAAGACCGGAGCCCGGAAAAAGGCCGAGAACCGUAAAGAGCGAGAGAAACAGAUUCGAGCCAACCGGGAUCAUGUUGAAGUGGCCAAACACCCCUGCAACUUCAGCAUGGAAUGUGACAAAUGUCAGAGAAAACAGAAGAACAGAGCUUUCUGCUACUUCUGCAGCUCGUUGCAGAAGUUGCCUGUCUGCGCUCAGUGUGGUAAAACCAAAUGCAUGAAGUCAUCAGAUUGUGUCAUCAAGCAUCCAGGGAUCCACACCACUGGGAUGGCCAUGGUGGGUGCAGUGUGCGACUUCUGCGAAGCCUGGGUGUGCCAUGGUAGGAAAUGUCUGAGUACACACGCCUGCGCAUGUCCCCUGAUUGAUGCGGACUGCAUUGAGUGUGAACGCGAGGUCUGGGAUCACGGAGGGCGAAUCUUCCGCUGUUCCUUCUGUCACAACUUCUUGUGUGAGGAUGAUCAAUUUGAGCAUCAGGCGAGCUGCCAAAUUCUUCAGGCAGAAACAUUCAAAUGUGUUUCUUGUAAUAGACUGGGACAACACUCGUGUCUACGCUGUAAGGCUUGUUACUGCGACGACCAUGCCAAGAGUAAGGUCUUCAAACAGGAGAAAGGGAAAGCCCCUCCGUGUCCUAAGUGCGGCCACGAAACCCAGGAAACAAAAGACCUCAGCAUGUCAACUCGGACUUUGAAGUUUGGGCGUCAGGCCGAGGCUGGUGACGACGAUUAUGACGAUGGAGCUUCGGGUUACGAUGCCUACUGGAAGAACAUAGGCUCCGGAGGAAAUGACCAACAAGACGACUACGGAGAGGACGAUAACUACGAGGAAGAUGAGUAUGAGGAGGACGAGGAUGAAGAGGAAGAUGAUGAGGAGGAGGAAGAAGAAGGUGAAGAGGAGGCUGCUCCCUCCGAGUCCUUGGCUGCGCUGAAAUUGGAUGGGCCCACUACCUGAACGAAGACUGAGACUGCAGAGCCUGUGCAGGUGGAGCAGUCCAAAAUGUUCCUUUGUGGAUGUUCACUUGUUACAAGAAGAAAUGGCAACAUACUGUACAUGUAAAAUAAAAGCUCCUCUUCAACUUAGAUGGUAUUGCCCAGAAUGCUUAUCAGUACUAGUGCUGACAUGAUGUCCAAAUUUCUGUACUGAUACCUUUUAGUGUCCACCAUCUUUCUUUGAGGAGUAUAAUUAUGCUUUUUCUACAAUACCUACAAGAGAAGCUGUACAUGAACUAGAAUAAUAAAAUAAUUGUUUCAGUUUAAA